AUGCAAAAACAGUCUGAAAAUGACGCUCCGAUUAACACCGGUGUCCCACCAAAACGCAAGCCUCCAAAGUUGAGAAAGGGCCCGCCCCCAGAGCAGAAGGCAAAUGGUGUCAACGGAAGCACAACGAGUUCAGUCCCAGAUCUUACACACUCGAAUUCUCCUUCCUCAAACUCGGGCAGCACCGCCUCCAAAAAGGAACAGAGCGAGGGAAAAUCACCAUCACCAGAGCCGAUUCCUCAGGUGGAAAGACAGCGCACACGACACCACCGACGGGCGCGUCAAGCUCCAAAGUCACAAGAGCCAGAUCAAUAUCAAGAGACUGAUUCCGAACAACGAGAAAAUCGCAGCCAGGAGCGACGAAAAAUCAAGGAAAAGCGCGUGAGCCGUGUCCUCAAUCCUGCAGAAAGUCAUGGCGAGGUAGCGCAACCACGGAAUAAUGCCGGUGGACUUGUGCCGACAGCGCAAACCGGAGGCGUCGAGCAAGUGACCGAGUCAAUAGAAGAGAAACCUCAAUCCGGGAAAAGUGAUCAAUUGAGAUUAAGGCUGGACUUGAAUCUGGAUAUAGAGGUUGAGUUGAAAGCAAAGAUCCGAGGAGAUCUCACGCUGCAGUUGCUACAGUAG